AUGACUUCUGUGAUCUGGAAAAACGGGAAGCAGGCGUUGGUGAGGACUGAGAGGGAUGAUCUCUGUGGAUUUAGCUAUUUAAAUGUAAUCGAGGCUGUCGAUUCGCUUCCUUUAGACUAUACAUUUCAUCGCGCCUUUCGUGAUAACGUGUAUAGAUUACAGUCGCACUACGGUAUUGACAUUGGCUAUGUUUCACAGUGUGUUCUAGAUGAAUUGAAAAGGGUGGCACCCUUAGAAUUUGAUCAGUUAUUCUAUUUCUCUGUUGAGGAGCAUAUUAUUCGUUUCCGGCGGUUUGAUUUCGAUACUAGAAAUAGAAUGCUGCAUAAUAUCUGCUUAAUACUAAGGGAAAAGUCUACAUUGACAUGCGUUUCCGGUUGGAGGGACGAAAAGUACGCAGUUUAUGCAGACCAAGUUCCAUAUUUUUUACUGGAGAGAGCUCUAUCGGGCGCGUUUGGUAUAAUUACCUAUGGUGUACAUGUUAAUGGCUUUGUAAAGGACCCAAAAACUGGGGAAAUUAGAGUUUGGGUCCCUAGAAGGUCUUAUACCAAGUCCAGAUGGCCAGGAAAGCUAGAUAAUCUCUUUGCAGGAGGGAUUAGCUACCCUUAUAAUGUUUUUGAAACGUUAAUGAAAGAAGGUAUGGAAGAGGCGUCUUUACCAUCUGACUUGCUUGAAAAGAAUGCUCGUGCAGUGGGUGUUGUGUCUUAUUUUCAUCAUAACUAUACAGGCAACUUUACUACUGAGGAUUCUUUUGUAAAUGGGGAGGUUGAGUAUCUAUAUGACUUGGAGCUGCCACCGGACGUGAUCCCGACCCCAAAUGACGAUGAGGUUGAUCAUUUCAGCUUGAUGUCGCUUCAAAAAGUGAUCGAUUCCAUCAAAUUAGGCGAGUUCAAACCUAAUUGCGCCUUGGUGAUGGUCGAGUUUUUGAUAAGACAUGGCUAUAUCAAUGCUGAGAAUGAGCCUAGAUAUUUGGAUCUUGUCACCAGGAUGCACCGGACACUACCUUUUCCCACGCGGAUGUAA